GAUCUCGGUCGGUCAGUCGACAUUCAGAGCUGAAUCGAGGUGGUUUUGUGCGGCGGAUUAAAGCGGAGUUAAUAUCUGGGGAUUGUGUUCGAUUGCAUCCCGAGAUAAGUGACCCUUUAAAACCCGGUGUACAAUGCGCAAAUCGCCGGGCAGUUUGGCCUCCGAGGCCUUCUCGAGUUCCAACUCCUCGCUGAGCAACUCCUACAGCGAUGGCAGCGAUCUGGCCAACUGGGAGGAGUACGUGGCCACCGAUGGCAGUCUCUUCUACAUGGAGUAUGUGAAAAAUGAAAAGACUGCUGGCUCGGCGGAGCGACGGGUGGAUUUCAUGCGGCGAUCGUUGCGCCUGGGAAAGAAAUCGUCGCGUCGCCAGUCUCAUGGAAACAAUCAGAAUCAGAGUCAGAGUCAGAACCAAAACCAGUUGGAUUCCCAGGCGGAGCAGCAAGAGUUCCGAUUCUCACAGUUCAAGACAAGUGCCCCCGAUCCCAAGAAACUGGAUCUGGUGAUCACAGCCGCGGAUCGGUUUCGUUUCGGCCGAAGAUCCACGGCAGUGGAAUCCAUUCUGGGCUUCCGGGUCUUGCCCUUUCCGGAUCAACCGGAGUGUCUGAUGGUCGAUGGUUUCGUCCACGAUCUGAGUGCCCUGCAACACGGCAUCAAGCGGGGCGAUUGGUUCAGAUCACUCAAUGGCAUUGAGUUGUAUGCCAGCAAUGUGGACGAGUUGCUGCAGCAGUUUGUGGAACCCACUCAGGUGUGUUUGGGCUUCCAAUCCUGUGGCUCAGCUGCAGCCGUUUCCCCCACAGAUCCUGGCUACAAUCAAAGCCUGCAGGAGGAGCAGGUCUGCAAGGUGGAGAACUUUGCCAUGUUUACGGAGAAGUUUGAGCAAAUGCUGAUCAGUGGAGGAAAUACCGGAAAUUCGCAGGAUAUAAGCCUUCCGUUUGCCAUGUUGCUUCUGCCACCGGAGUGCUAUCAACAUGAACAGCAGCAGGACUCCCUAUACUAUUAUCCCGAGACCCCGGACAACUUCCUUUUCAAGGCUCGCGGCAGUUUUUUAACUCUGCAUGCGGUUCUCAGCGAAUUGCAAACGCAACCUUUGAGUUCCCGACUUUCCGUGGAUGAAGUGCAGUAUCAUGUUAAUUACCGCCGACUGAAUGGCUUCCUGGUUCUUUUCGCCUACGCCGGCGGACUUUGCAGUGCAGCGGAGUGCAGCCUGCGAUCGGACGAGCUUAUUGGAUACAUAAGAUUUUCCCUGCCCGGUUUGGUCCUGGAGAGCUUCAAUCAGGAUGGGGAACAGGGAAACACUUCCACAUUGAAGCUCUUUCUGCGACACUUUUGUGAGAUUCAGAGGACUCGCCUGCUGGCCAGAUGCCGUGGUCACAUCCGUUUCGAGGAGCUUCUUGGACAAUCCCGCAGCUUACCACUGCCCAAGGAAGCUCAGCUGAGAAUCUUUGAUGCCCUGAGUGAAAUGGAGGCCAUGGACUAUCGCAAUUGGAACGAUGAGCCACUGACCACCCAUCGCGAGUUCUUCAUUUACGGAAGUGCCUUGUACUACGACGGGUUCCUGGUGGCCAGUCUACUUCCGCCGGAAGUAAGGGUCAGUGUGGAGGGUUUCCUGCGCUGCCGUGGGAUCUUCGAGUUGCUGGGAGCUGCUCCGGGAAUCAGAGUGCGCGAGAUGUACAUCUGGGAGGAGAUCAUAUUGCCCAGUGCCACUGGCCGCUACUUUCUAACCAUCUGCACCAGGAACCACUUGAGCCUGGCAGUCAUCCUGAAGAUCUUCGAUGCUCCGGACAUGGCACCCGAUGCCGUGGUGAGUCCUUCGCUGUUCUACAUCGAGGAGAUACAGGAAACCCUCGAUCACCUGGUGCAAUGCGGCAUCGAAUCGCUGGCCAUGUUCUGGUCCGUUUCCAACAAGAGACCCGAGGUGCUGGAGGCCACGGCUGGCGAGAACCGGGAUCAGCAGGAGAAGGAGCCCAACAACCGGCUGGAGUCCUUCCUCAAGCAGAAACUAACUGUUUUGAGUCCUUCCGUGGAGGAGGAGGCUCAAUUGUGCUCCUCGCUGGGAGGAUCCUCGAUACACAGUCUAACUCCCAGCGAAGAUGACUCCUCCCGCAGGCGACUGACCCCGAUCCAUGGCGCUGGCGAGGAUUCGGACAGCGGUUCCGAUUGGGAGAACUUUGCCGUGCAGCAUCCCCUGCAUUAUGGCCUGAAUUUGGGUGCCGAGAGCCACAAUCAAAGCCAGAUGACCGAGUCCAUGUGGAAGGAGAUCAAUAAUGUGGUGCCCGUGAAGAUUUCCGCCGGCUGGAAGAAUUCCGUGCUGCACUACGUUUAUAUUGACAUAGCAAAUGGAUCGCUGUUUGCUCCAUUCACCGAGAGUUCCGACAGCGCAUCAUUUCUGUCGGAGAUUCGCCAGGCUUGCCACAUAAUCCACGCUGUGCUGGAAAAAUCGAAACAUUAUCGAAGGCAGCUCACGGAAGCCACAAGAUCGCAGAAUGCUUCGAAUGGCCAGAGCAGUCAUGCAGUUUCGCUGGUCAAGGAGCAUGGCAUGACCCUGGAGGUCAGCUCACCAUCCAAGUCGGAGGGUCAAAGCCAAUCCUCGAGGAGCAGUCGCUUUGUGGUUGUCGGCCGCCUGUUUCAAUCGCCAGCCAAGGAGGUCUACGUCUGCCAUCGAUCCGAUGUCCCCCAAAACAUUGUUGAAAUGGCCUUCCGAUUGUCCUUUUUCUCCAUGGGUUAAAAGGUUAUACUGGUUAGAUAUAAUAAAGAAUUUAAGUCAAUAACAUAUUUAAAUUUGUCAGAAUCAAUUAGUUAAAAAAAAAAUAUAUAUCACAACCAAUAAGCAAACAAA